AUGGAUAAAGGUGACACUAUUCUGUGUCCAGGAGCAGAUAAUAAUCCAAGCAAAGCUACGGAGGGCCAAGGCCAGAAUUCUACUCCUACACCCGUGGGUGUGCCAUCGCCGAGUGAUGGCUCCUUACUCACCCCAACUCUGAUUCAACAGCCUCCUAAAGCUAAAAGAAAAUAUAGGAGAAAGGUCCAUCCAAGUUAUAUCAAUACUAGUGUGCCUACACAAUUUAAUUUUACACUCAACAAUUUUGAAAAUGAUUCAGAGAGCAAAAGAAAAAGAAAGAAAAUUAUAUCGCGAAACCUCGAAGGUAGAAAAGAUAUUGUCUUCUACAAUGACAGGGUCGAGCAUUACAAGGGUAAAAAAAAUUGUGUUUUCAUCAAACUAGAGAACUAUAAGAAUGAAUUCAAGGACUACAGCUAUUGUACUGAUGUUUUUUUGGAGAUAUUUGGAAGCAUAAGCACCCUUUUUGAAAGUGGUAUCAUCGUCUUCCUCAAAAAUAGAAAUAUAAAAUUUCAAAUAGUGUUCCACACAGCAAGAAUUAACAAGCCAGAUUUGACAAGUAUUACCAAGCGAUUAGUGGGACUUUCUCAUAUGACCAACUUGAUUUUGCCAGAGUUGGAAUCUCUAGAUUUGGAUGAAAGAUAUAUCGACCCAGGAGUACUCAUUUGCCCAAAUGUGAAAGAACUAUGUCCCGAAAGUCGUUAUCGUGGUGCUGGAAAUUUUACAAGCGAAUCUUUUCCUCAAUUAAGCCGUCUUAUUUUACAUGAUUCAACAGUCAAUAAUCUUUCAUUGUCGUUUAAAAACUUGAAGGUAUUGGAUAUGAAGGGUUGUUCUUUGGUGGGUAAUUUUUUAUGCUCCACUUGUCCUAUGCUAGAACAAAUUAAUCUCUCUGAUACUGGAAUCAAGUCAUUUGAAUCUUUUUCUUAUUUCCCAGCCCUAAAGGUAUUAAAUUUGGAAAAUGCGAGUUUUAUGGACAGUUUAUCCCUUGGGUUUGUACCUAAGCUUCAAAAUUUGAAUAUUAAACAUUGUAAAAGUUUGAAUAAAAUUGGUUUUUUCAAUGCACCUGAAUUGUUGGAACUUGAAAUGUCGGGUGCCGGUUCUAAUAAAGAAUCAUGUUUGCGGUUGGACCAUUUGGAUGUUCCGAAGUUGCAAAUGCUCAAGGCUCGUGGGGCAGGUAUUAAAUCUCUACCAGCAACUUUAUCGUCAGCAAAACUUAUAGAUUUAAGAUCCACCGCCAAACUUGAAAGUAUUCUGAAUUUUGAUCUUUCGAGUUUGGUUAUCCUUGAUCUACUGUAUAGUUGGUUGGCAUCUCUUGAUAUAAAAGUUUCCCAUAGAUUGAAGGUACUAGGAUUAGAGAGCAACAAUAAUUUGAAAGAACUAGCUAUUGAUUCCUUUGAUAUGCCAUAUUAUAUUGAGUGCACCUUAAGAGAGCUUUUUGAAAAGCAAGGCAUAGAAUAUAGCGCUUAUGAUGUUAAAAGAAUUCUCAAGUCUGUUCCACAUAGUGCAGUGCUAGAAGAUGAGCAACUUAUAUCAGUGAGUGAAGAGUUGUGUACCACGCCCUAUAUUGACAAAACAAUGAGAGAAUUAGGGGUAUCUUCUCCAUCGCUGGGAGAAAAUUGCCACAUUAAUUGUCUUUUGGGGCUCAAAACAUUCGUGUUAAAUUGUCCAGCGUUGUUGAGAAUCAAGCACUUUAGCUUGCCUCAUAUUAAAUCUUUGCGAGUUAUUACUGAAGACUUAACAGAAAUAAUAGGUCUUAGGUGCCCAAAUCUUUAUUUUUUAGAGGUUUACCAAAACAAUUUAGCAAAAGUCGAGAAGCUUUUUGUGCCGAGGCUUGAAGAAUUGGCAUUAUUUGACUCGCCUAUUAAUUCAAUCCAGUUUUUCAACACCGCGAGAAACAACAGUUCAAACAAUCCCCGAAAUGACACAUACAAUAACCCAUUGGCUAGUUUGCGUUCUUUAGAAAUCAGCAGCUUGAGUAAGUUGGAAUCUAUCAAUCUUAAUAAUGUACCCAACUUGAGGAAGAUGAGAGUUGAUGGCUGCCAUAGGUUGAAGAAAAUUACCGGAUGUUCUAUUUUGAAGCGAAUUUCGGUCAUUCGAUGUGAUAUUUUAGAGACCAUUGAUGUUGAUUUGCCUCAUGCUUUUACUAUUGAUCUCUCUUCCUUGCCGUCUUUGAAAAUUCUAGAUGAAAAACUACAAGUUCCGGGCCUUAAAAGUCUACAAAUUAAAGAUUGUGAUUCUUUGAAGUAUGUGGUUUUGCCCAAAGCUGACCAUUUAGUCGAACUUGACUUGUCAUGGUGCAGGUCUUUGUCUUAUUGGUCGUUUGGUACCUCUGUAAUCUCAGAUGCCAACUUUGGCUAUUUGGAUUCCUUGGUAAACCUCCCAAAAGACUUUAGCUUAGCAGGAACCGUAAUGAUCACCAAAUGCAAAAAACUUGAAAAAAUUCAAAGCAACACAGAUAAGGUAAUUAAUCUCGUUAUCAAAUCAUGUUCUCUGUUCUCUGCAAACGGAUUGAUAUUAAAUGAUAUUAAAUCGAUUCUGAUAGAAAACUGUACUUUUCUAGAAAAAAUUCAUCUGUCUAAAGUUUUAAAGAACUUAUCCUCUUUAGCUUUCCGAUCAUGUCCCAAGCUAAUGUCUGUUUCAUUGAAUGCUCCACAGCUUAUGUUGUUGAGUUUGAUUGACUGUGAGACUUUAUCUUCGUUCACUCUUCAGAGUGAUGGCUCUAAUAGUAUACAGCUGAUCAAAAUUACCAACAGUCCAAUAGGGCAAUUAAUUUUACCUAAAACUCCUGAGUCACUAAUUCCAGAACUAAUUCUCGGUGAUACUGAAAUAGGUGUCUUGAAUGUGAUUUCUGUUUGGAAAAUAGGCUAUUUACUUCUUGGGAACAUAUCUCUGUGUAAAAAAGUCGUUGCAUCUCAAUUUAGGAACGUCGAAAAUCUAAGACUCAUGGGCGAUGGAAUUGAGGAAAUUUGUGAAGACUUGGAAAAUUUGAAAUCUUUAACCACGAUCAAUGUGUCUUCGUUGAAGAAAUUGAUGAUUAACCAGGAAACUUCCAAGAAUUUCCGGAUCUUAGAUGUGGAAGGUGGUCAACUUGAAUCGGUUAAUAUCAAAGGGCAGUUUAAAAGCCAUUUCAAGAAAGUCUGCUUCACAGGAGAGCUUCAACUUGACCAGAGAGCACCUUGUGUGAUUCGCUCUAGUGUAUUUGCAUCAAGGCUUUUUGAUAUUAAGAAGAUGUUGAUGGAGAGAAACUAUGUAUUUUGGCCAGUUCUUGUCAAGAUUCUUUGCACACAGUUAAAGUCAGUUACAAAUGUUUAUUUCCGAAGAAAUAUUUUCGAUCACUCUGGAUUUCCUGAACCAAACGUAACUUUUGGCAGUGAUGGCUAUUUAAAGUUCCCUUCAAAUCAGGAUGAUCUAGCCGAUAUUAAGAUGGUUGAAUUCACCACAAGUGGCAGCGCCCCUUUCGAUGAUUCAAACCGUGAAAGAAGCAAUGUCUUUCUAAAUAGGGACGGUGGUAAUUCCUAUUUUGAAACUGAGGAAGACAUGAAGGAGCUCACCCCUAUUUUAAUUCUACUUUUAGACAAGUAUAAAUCUUCCAUUGAUAAUGGAACAUAUUCUAUCUAUCGUGAGGUCCUUUUAGUAUUAUAUUUGUCUCUUAAUAUCCCGCCAUUGAAAAAACAGAUCCUCAAAGAGGUGUUUUACCAGAAAUUUCUAGAUAGUUCCGUAUUGAAGACAUUCAAAAGAUCUGCCAUAACAACAAAUAACAGCCACUAUUGCAUAAAGUUUUUCCAUAAUUUCCAAAAGGUUGUCAUACAUGAAUUAGAAGCGAAGGGUGCCGAAGUUAUUAGGACGAGAGUUAUACGUGAAAAUGGAAAUGUAUCGGAAGCUGAUUUGGCAAAUGUCUUUUUCUAUCUAUCAAGAAAAGCAUUGAAUUUCUUGAGUGAAAAUUUGGAGAACUUGAAUCACCCGCGAUGCCCCAUUUGCUUUGAUAACGAAGAAACUAAUUCUUUCGCAUACUAUAGAGAGUGUGGACAUAGUUGCUGUGAAGAGUGCUUUCAGAAUGUUUCUCGUAAGAAGUGCUUUCUCUGUAGAAGCAAAGUUUCCAGUGGUACUCAGGACAAACUUCGUACCAAUUCUGAAGUUGAUUUAUUCAUAAAAGUGAAAAAAAAUUUCAAAUACUGGACCGAAUUUAAGGAUAUGUCGCGGUCGGUGCUUUCAGCUGCGCAUUUCAAUUCCAGAUAG